GCAAUUUAUGUGAGACCAAACCUCCUUCCCAUCUCAAUCACAGCGAACUCAUUCGCGACACUUAAUUUAUUCAAAUAAUUGUGGCCAGCCAUGCUCAUAUUAAUCAAAACCAGAACCUUCGUAUUUCUCCAUCGCUUUCUUCCAUCUCUUGCCCUUUUUUGCCGCAACAUUAAUGGGUUCGUCGGCACCAGCACCCGACUCCGACGAGCCCGUAACUCCGGCCGGACGUCUCUUCCUGCAACCUCAAAUGAACCAAAUAAUCUACUGCGUCAUUGGCUUCAAGAACCCUAUUGACAUCGACUCCAUCAAAUCCCAAGUCAAAUCAUCCCUCAUGCUAACUCACCCGAGAUUCUCCAGCCUCAUGGUGCGUGACUCCCACGGCCGUGAACGCUGGCAUAAAACCACCGGCGUCGACGUUGACCGUCACGUCAUCAUUCUCCACGACCCCGUCUCCGAUGUUGGCGUUGACGACGAGACCGCCGUCAACAACUACCUGGCCGACCUCUCCACCGGCCCGGGGCUCCCAACAGACAAACCCAUGUGGGAAGUUCAUCUGCUGAUCGCUCACAAAGUUAUGGUUUUCCGAAUCCAUCAUGCUUUGGGAGAUGGGAUAUCGCUCAUGUCCAUGUUUCUGGCGAGUUGCCGGAGAGCCGACGACGAGGGGAAGCUGCCGACUUUGGCGUCGGGGAAGAGUAAACUCAGUAAAGGUGCGAAUAGGAAUAAGAGCUUUUGGGGUUUGGUGUGGGGAGUUUUGGUGAUGGUGUGGUUUAGUUUGGUGUUCGUGGUUGAGUUUGUGUUGAGGAGUUUGUGGGUUUGUGAUCGGAAAACUGAGAUUUGUGGGGGUGAUGGGGUUGAGCUCUGGCCUAGGAAACUGGCUACUGCGAAGUUUGGGCUUCAAGACAUGAAGCUUGUUAAAAAAGCUGUUCCUCAUGCGACUAUCAAUGACGUACUUUUUGGGGUAAUUUCAUCAGGGAUAUCAAGAUACUUGGAUCACAGAAAACCAAAUGCUUUGCCUGAGGGUGUUCAAAUAACAGGAGUAGCCAUGGUUAAUCUUAGAAAGCAGCCUGGAUUACAGGAACUGUCUGACUUGAUGAGAAGCAAUUCAGGAUCAAGCUGGGGUAACAAGUUCGGCAUGCUUCUCUUGCCUAUAUAUUAUCAUAAUUCUAAGAGCAAUGCCGACCCUUUAGCCUAUCUUAAGAGAUCGAAGGUGAUGAUCGACAAGAAGAAGCAAUCUGUAGAGGGUCAUUUCUCAUAUAAAAUUGGUUUGUUUGUAAUGACUUACUUGGGACCGAAGGUUGCUACCUUGCUCAACUACCGGAUUCUCUGCAAUACUAGCUUUACUAUCUCAAAUAUACUCGGACCGCAAGAAGAAAUUACACUUGGAGGCAACCCUAUAACUUUUCUAAGAGCCAGUUCAUCAAGUUUGCCUCAUGCACUCACACUGCACAUGGUGAGCUAUGCUGAAAGGGCAGACAUGCAAAUAUUGGUGGCCAAAGAUAUCAUCCCUGACCCGGCGUUUCUCGCCAAGUGCUUCGAAGAGGCCUUACUUGAUAUGAAGGAAGCAGCUGCAGCCAUCACAAAGAGCUAGAAGGAUCUCUGAAGAAUUUAUUGGACUAUUGAUGGAAGAUUACUCAUAGAUUAAAUUCCCUAGUAGAGUUUGUACAAUAACAUUGAUUGUAUUGGGAAGAUCAACCUACAUUUAGGAAGGGCUAAUUCCAGAUAGGUAUGUACAAUCAGAUAUAAUCAGAUAUAAUAGAUGAGAUUUUCAUA